AGUGUGGGUUGUUUUUUUAAAGAUUUUUGAACGAAAUAUACCGCCGCCAUGUUUUCUAGUAAAUUUUGACAGUUCUCUUUCUUUGAGUAGAGCACGUUUUUUGAGCUCACAAUGCAGAUCUUCGUAAAAACACUUACGGGGAAGACCAUCACCCUUGAGGUGGAAGCUUCUGACACCAUCGAAAAUGUGAAAGCCAAAAUUCAAGAUAAGGAAGGUAUCCCUCCGGACCAGCAGCGACUUAUCUUCGCUGGCAAACAACUGGAAGAUGGCCGCACAUUGUCAGACUACAAUAUUCAAAAGGAGUCCACCUUGCACUUGGUGCUAAGAUUGAGAGGAGGUACCAUUGAACCGUCUCUGCGCAUCUUGGCGAUGAAGUACAACUGUGACAAAAUGAUCUGUCGCAAGUGCUAUGCUCGCCUUCACCCCCGUGCCACCAACUGCCGCAAGACCAAGUGCGGACACACCAACAAUCUGCGCCCCAAGAAGAAGUUGAAGGAUUAAGUUUUUAAACCUGUACCAUCUAUAUUCGUUGGAAUUUUAUCUACAUUCAGAAUGUAACUGACACUCUAAAUUAAUAAACACAUUCUUCAAAAGAAA